GAAAAGCAUAUUAGAUUACAGAGCGCUCCAGUGCUGCAUGCACUGUGCGAAGGGCGAAGCACGCGGGCACCCAGCCAGCAUAGGUCAAGGCGACGUCUUCAGUCGGGAAGUCCGUAUACGUAAUAUAACCUCCGUCCCUUCCCUCAAACACGUACAGCAAGCCCGAGCGGACGUGCCUUCGAAGCUGAUCAAGACACCGCGAGCCGACGUCGAUCUCCCAAGACGUGCUUCGGCGCAUCCGGCGCUUCGGCCCAAGAAGGACGAAGCUUCGCGCAGUUGCAUGCGGAGGAAGCGAGCGCGUCGUCGUUGGAGUGCGACACCCGCGCGAGCGCUGUGCUAUCUACUACCCUUCCCAGCAGGCGAGCGCGUAUAGACGACAGCACCAAGAAGUGACACGUGUAUAUGGGUCACGGAAAGUGGCAUCAGCGCGGCAAUUUAGCGCGGACCGCGGCGCCGGCGCGAUCUGUGGCGGCGCAGAAGCUCCCCGAGCGUCGCCCUGCUAUAGUGUGACGCGCGACAAACGCGAGAGAAGGCCCUCGACGCGCGACACCUCUCCUCUUCCAUAUUGGCCUUGCGUUGCGUUGUCCUCCUCUGCAGCGCGACAACCGCGAGUGCGAGCCCCCGACCGUCCCACGCUUCCUGUGAGCCGCGCGCGCCUUGAGUGACGGACGGACGCGACGAGCAGCGAACGAAACCGCGCGCGUGUUAUACCGGCCGUGGCGUUGAUCGUGGCACAUAGAAGAACAACGCCAACCAUGGAACGAAUCGGGAGGACGACGACUCCGGCGAUACCCGGAGGACCACGGAGGUUGGUCGCCAAACUGUCGACGUCUCGUUUCGACUUCUUCGCGCCCAUCUCGCUGUUCCUGCUGCUCUGCAUCGCGGCACCCCAUGGAGUCGCGUCAGCGUACGGUGCGGCACGUGUGGCCGGAGAAGACGUGUCCCUCAUCGAGUGGUCGCAUGGCACCAACAGUCGGUGGAAGCUGGAACAGGCGCUCAGCGGCCGCACGGCUCCGUACGUGGAGGCGGACGUGAGCCAGGCCGACGGUAUGGCCGUGAUGGCGCACCCGCCCGUGCGCUCGUGGGACCUGAGCCUGCGCGAGUUCCUGCGCAUCGUGUGUGGCACGCCGCGCAACGUGACGCUAAAGCUGGACUUCAAGGCGAGCGAAGUGCUGGAGAGCGCCUUCCUGGACAUGGAGAGCGCGCCCCUCGAGAACUUGCGUGACCUGUGGCUGAAUGCUGACAUCGUCGAAGGACCAGGUGGCAGGCCCGACGUGGAUGCGCAGCACUUCCUGCAGCUGUGCACCAGCCGCUUCCCACAGGCCACCCUGUCGCUCGGCUGGACCACGCGUCCCAUGUCAUCGUACAGUUGGGCUCACGUCGAAGCCAUGGCUCGGCUCCUGGUCUGCGGACCGUACCGGGUUCCGCGGGUCACCUUUCCCGUGCGAGCCUCCAUGCUCGCCGCGUCGACGCCACAGCUACUGUGGCUGCUGGACCUCAUCCCUGGCUCGACGCUGACCGUCUGGUCUUCACCGCGGGAUCCGUGGAGCACGAAAGCUCUGAUGAAGCUACGGGGCCUUCUUCCUUUGACGGCCGUGUACUACGACCUGCCAUCUGACCAGAAAGAAGACUUCGACCGCGCUAAAGCCCUCGUAUCGUCACCUACUCCGCACAAUCAUCACGUCGACGACGGCCCACUGCCGGAAUGGUCACUGGGCAUAGGGUACUCCUGCCAAAACAGGGCGCUAGCGGGCAAGCGCGCGGUCGUGUUAGCCGGACCUGGAGCCAGACUCCUGAUGCCGGACAAGUGGGACCUGGUGGAAGCCAAGGUUGAUCUGAGCCGUGUAGGAAGUUUGGCUCUGGGCUGGGGACAGGACACGGACAAGGUGCAGAUCAACGGUGGCUGCUUCUACAUAGCGCUGACGAACGGCGCCAAUGUGACGGCGCAGGUGUGGGCCUCCUCUUGUCUGCCGACUAGCUCUUCUUUCGACGAAGAAGACCACGACAAGAAAGGCUACACCUUGCGCUCGGGAAAACCCCUGGUGACCCGCCAGUGGCCGUCGUCGCCAUCACCGCUGACACAGACAUCAACGCCGACGCCCAUGGUGUCCGCACCUUCAAAUUCGCUCCUGUUCGAGUCUCCGGGUGCUGCCGUGGUGUACGAUGUCCGCAUCUCGUUCUCGUCGGCUGUGUCGCGUGCGACACCGUUGACUGCGUUACUGCUUCUGUGUGUCGCUACUGCCUUGGCUGCCUUACUGCUGUGCUGAUGCCGUGACGCCUUAACACGAAUGUGGACGGAUAUCAUGUGGAAAUUCAGGUUUAAUAUUUUCUUUGUGGGCCUGGUAAUUGAAAAGAUAUGGGCUCUGCGAAGGUACGCUAUUAUUCAGAAGUGGUGCGAGGGAUCUAUGCACUAAAUUCAUUAAUAAUACACGUCUUGACGGCUGGCCGUCUUGUGAUUUUGCGUUGCUGGCGACUGCUCCUGAGACUGCCGUGGUAAUUGUUGUUUAUCAUACCUCGUAGAGAGCUGAAGACGCUUGUUUACAAAGUAUACGAUUAGCGUGCUUUCGGUAGCACUGGCGACAUAUUGUGAUGAAAAGAUCACGAGAAAGCAGUUAAACGUCAGAAUGCAACAACAGAAUAACUUGCCAACUGGUUACGGCAGCUUGU